UGUUUAAUGACAACAGAUGGACAAUACCAACUGGACCAGUGUAUCCCAUUUUGUUCUUUUGGGCAUUUCCACCCACCAGCAAGAGCAGGUCCCGCUCUUUCUUCUUUUUCUAUUCAUGUACACAGUCAACGUUUCUGGCAACUUUGCCAUCAUCAUAUUGAUUAUCUCUAUUCCACGACUCCAAACUCCCAUGUACAUCUUCCUCGGCAACUUGGCCUUGGCAGACAUCUGUUUCACCUCCACCACGGUCCCCAAGAUGCUGCAGAACAUUUUCUCUCCUACAAAGACCAUUUCCUACAUGGGCUGCUUAGCCCAGACUUAUUUCUUCAUUUGCUUUGCAGCCAUGGAAAACUUCCUCCUGGCUGUGAUGGCCUAUGACAGAUACAUCGCCAUCUGCCACCCUUUCCGCUACCCUAUGAUUCUAACCAGAAUGCUGUGUUCACAGAUGGUGGCCACGUGCCAUAUCCUGUCCCAUCUUCAUGCCCUGCUGCACACCCUUCUCAUGGGCCGACUCAUCUUCUGUGCAGAUAACAGGAUCCCCCACUUCUUCUGUGACCUCUACCCUCUGAUGAAGAUUUCCUGCUCCAGCACCCAACUCAACACCUUGAUGAUUCACACAGAAGGAGUUAUGGUCAUCAGUGGAGCUCUGGCCUUCAUCAUUGCCUCCUAUGCCUGCAUCAGCUGGGCAGUCCUUCAGAGUCCCUCAGCCAAGGGCAAGUGGAGAGCCUUUUCUACCUGUAGUUCCCACCUCACUGUGGUGGCUAUAUUCUAUGGCACCCUCUCAUGGGUCUACUUCCGGCCCCUUGCCAGCUAUUCAGUGGCCAUGGGUCGUAUCCUGACGGUCAUGUACACAGUGGUGACCCCCAUGCUGAACCCCUUCAUUUACAGCCUGAGGAAAUGGAGAUGUCAAGGGAGCUUUCAGAAAACUGAUGAGGAGAAUAUGGACUUCUUUAUUUAGAUAAAACCCCCAAAUAUAGUUCCAAGUUUUAUCUAUGAUCCUGGGGAAACAGUUUUGUCCCUC